UUAUGACUCGAUCACACUGUAUAACGUUCUAUGCAAUCGAAAAUUAUGCAAGUACUGUAAGUUGUUUUCGUUUACCUCGUAUUUAACCUGGUAAGCAUCCGGCAAAUUAGUUUUUUAAGGCAACUGAUUAUUUCUAUGAAGAGUACUGUGAUAUAAUUAAACAUGAAAGCUGCACCCGAUCCAAAAGACAUCCAGGAAUUUCAAUUUAAACAGUCGCACAUAUCUCAAGUUUUAAAUGCAUUCACAUCGAUACCAACUGCUUGUAGUCUAAUUACUGCAGACAAGAAAAGAGGUUUAUUGUAUAUCGGUCAAAGCAGUAGAAUAAUCGUAUUAAAACCAGGAGAAGAUAGCGAUCCAGAAUGGAAGAUAGAAAUUGAUACCCUAGUAGCUAUUUCUAAAUUAACACUUAGCUGUGAUUGUUCCUAUUUAGCAAUAGCACCACAUGGACCUUGUAUUUUAAUCUACGAUGUACAAGCAUUAACCAAGGGUAAUUUACAAUUACUACAUGAAAUUAGGAUUUCUAAAUCAAACUCAGAAGUCUUUGUGAAUGAUGUACAAUGGAAUCCUACUGUCCCAGGAAUGUUCUGUACAGUAGGUAGCGAUUACACAAUUGGUAGUUUUCAAAUAAAAGAUGAGAAGAUCAUAGAAUUAAAAGGUUUAGAACAAUUAAAUGGAGUGGAUGCUUUGUGUGCAGCCUGGAGUCCUAAAGGGAAACAAGUAGUUGUGGGUUGUAGAAAUGGAAGUCUUAUACAAUUGAAACCAGACUUAAAAAUAGCUAGAACAAUUCCUGGUCCUGCUCCAUACAUCGGGGAAAUUAUUUCUAUUUUAUGGAUCAGCAAUUAUCAAUUCUGUGCAACGUACUUUGAUAAUGAACAGAGAAUAAAUGUUCUCAUAAUCGAUGCUCCUAAAGGUGGUACAAAUGCUAUUUUCACCUGUUACGAAGACAUCACUUAUGGGAUAACCAAUUCAGAAGGAGGAGGAACAAUUCCACGUUAUUAUUUUGAUUAUGUGCCAGAAUGGGGUUUAAUUAUUGCUGCAAGUAGUAACAGUAGUGAGAUAGCUGUAUUAGGAUCUACAGAUGGAGGAGCCACUUGGAAUCAAUGGCAACUGGUUGAUAGUGGCAGAGCUGAGUUGCCAUUAAUUUGUACUACAGAAAGUUACCCAGUAGGCUUAGCUAUAGAUAAAUCUUCUGUUCGAAAAUUACCAUGGGGAGCUGAUUCGUUUUUACCUCAUCCAGUACCUAUACUACACAUUCUAUCAACAGCUGGGCAACUAUGUAGUUUUCAUAUGGUGAAUUUGACACCCAAUUGUCCUGAUAUUAAUUCUCCACCCACAGAAAUCGUUACAAGUCCACCGCAACCGCAAUUAAAUACUGUUCCAUUGGACACAUCUCUUAUUAUGAAUGGCGCAAUAACAAGUACACCAUGUCUGAAGCAAUCAGUUAGUGAACUUAAACGUACCAAACCAAUUUCUACAGGAAAUAUCUAUGAUAAAUUUCUUAAAGGAAGUGGCUUCUUUGUACAGCCUUCGGUUGAGAAACCAAAACAACAGGAACAACAAAUUGAAAGUCCCAGCCUGGAAGUUAAAGUAGAACCACCUAAAGAAACUCAUUUACAGGAACCUGUACAGCCAGAUAUUAAACAAACUUCAGUUACAGAAACGAUUUCACAAGAGCCUGUAGAGCAGAAGACAACUGUUGAAGAUGAAAGUAGAGAUAUUCGUGCUUAUAUUGAAGAAUAUAAUUUAUUUGAGAGGGAACUGUGCAACAGAUUAGAAUUGCACAGUUGGGAAUGUGGUACAGAAGAAGAACGUCGUAAACUUAUAGACACAUCUAUUAUAAUAGACCAGUUUCUUAGAGAAUUAAGAGAAACGACAAAUAGUUUAUCCAGCGAUAUAGCGUAUUUAAAAGCAUUGCUGUUACAAUCGUUCGCUUGGGUCGAGGAAACUAAGUCGAAAAAUGCGGCUAGCGUGGAUUUUACCACUCGAAACUGUGGAGACAGUAACAAGGUAUCCGAUCUGCAAAAGCUUUACUAUUACACUCAAAUGCAACUCGCGCAGGCUACUAAAAUCUUAGACCUAGAAUGGUCGGAUCAUAAGUCUCAAGAAAUGUCGCGCAUGAAGAUUCCUCAUAUGGAAUUUGUGUAUCAAAACCUUAUACUGCAUAAUAAAAUAAUUCAGAAGGAGAAGGGUAAAGUAGAACAACUCAAGAAACAAUGGAAAUUACUAACUCGUAAUAGUAAUAUUUUUGGAUUAAAUCAUUCACUGUCCAAUUUAAGUAUAUCGUCAUCAAAAUCUUCGGUCUCCCUUCCAAGGAAUGCAGGCAUUAUAGAAGCACGUUGCAAGACUAUUGCUUCUAGAACUUUGAACUUCACCGAAGGAAAACAAAUCAAGCUAAGAGAACACUUGUCUUCUUCUACACCAAGAAUUAUAAAACCUGUUAAUCCAUCGCCUAUUCAGGAUCGUUUGGAAGCAACGUUGUCUGCUUUGGCUUCGCUCAACACUACACCUGGUGAAACUAAAAAUAAAGUAGAAUCACCAGUUUCAAAGCUGACUCCUGUUACUACCAAGCAAACCGUCGAAAAGCCGAAACAGCAAAGUCCUCUAGCUUCACUGAAUAGCAUUGUUGCAAGAAUUGGUACAAGUGAACCUAAUAAUGUGCCAAUCCAAACUAAAGCACAAACUAAACAGCCUACUUUUAAUGUAACUUUCCCUGCUACUACUGGGAUUAAGCUUCCACAGACAGAAAAGAAAUCAAGUCCACCGGUAUCUAUUACUAUACCUCAAAUUACUAAAUCAAAAGAGACAAUUACGUUCGUUCAAGUCAGUCCUUCUGCUCAUAAUGUACCUGGUUUAAUGAAAUGUUUCCCUAAAGUAGAUCCUAUCACGUUUGGUACGGUAACACAGAAGCCCGAAGAAACUACUGUGCAGAAACCUGUAUCUAAGGAAUCUGGUGCCAAACCCAGCAAAGAAAUUGUAUCAAGUAGCGAUUCCUUCAAUGUAGGUGAAACUAACUUAUUUGGUACUGGUACAUUAAAGGAUGCAUUAUCAACAGAUACAGUAUCUGGAAAAAUACAGGGAAACCUUUUAAAUACCUCGCUGCAGUUUGGACUCACUGCAACGACAACAGCAAGACCUGAACCUACAACUCCAUUCAGUUUUGCUACUCCAAUUACUGUUCCUGGAACUGUAAAGAGUGCUUCACAGGCUGGCAUGCCGCAAACAACAACUGCGCAAACGUUCUCGUUCGCUUCAAAACCAUCAAGCACUACUAGUCCAUUCAACUUAAAAAUACCGUCAACGGUAACAACCCCUCAGGCACAAGAAUCAUUAAAUUUAACAGGUUUAUUCCCAGGGCUGCAAACUAGUAAUCAACCAGUUGGAUCCAGCAGUAAUCUUAGUUCUGAGGGAAAGCUUAACUAUAAACCUACAUUUGGAACACCUGGUUUUCCGACAUCGUUAGGACAAAUGUCUAUUGGUCUGGCAAAUGAAGCUCUUACAAAAGGGAAUAUUACAACUGCAGCUUCAGUUAUUAUUGAAAAGGUACCUUCUAUUGAAUCAAAAGUUCCCAGUUUCUCAUCGAGUCCAAUACAAGCUGCUGCAUCUACAACAUCUGCUGCUCCAUUGUUCAGUAAUCAAACGAAUACUUCAAAUGUCUCUAUAUUUGGAGGAAUGUCAACUUCUACACCAAGUACUUCUACCUUCACUGUUACCACCAGCAGUACAGGAUUUGGAAUUCAAUCUACGACGACAUCACCUAUGGCGAUAUUCGGUGGUUUUAAGAAUGCGCCAACAACAACUACUACAACAACAACUACGAUUGCAACAACAUCAACUACGGGUUCUCCAUUUCAAGCUUCAUUAUCGAAAUCCACUUUUGGAGAAGCUGCCACGAAUUUAUCAUCGGCAAGUCCUGUCAGUUCAAGCAACAGUACACCAUCUACUUUAACUUUUGGUAGUCCAACAACUACUUCUGUUGCUUCUGUGUUUGGUAAACCAUCCUCUCCUACACUGAAUACUCAGUUUCAAAGUACACCAGCGGUUUCUUCUGCAGCGAACACCUUUGAAAAACCAAUUAUCAGUCCUGCUUCUGUGCACUUUGGAAGUACUAUAAAUACGUCUAUAUUUAGCGGUAUGCCAACAACUUCGGCGAACACUUCGAUCUUCAGUGGAAGCAAUACCAAUUCAAUUUUUGAUUCAAAUACCCAAGUAUCUUCCGCUACCCCUAUCUUUGGAGGAAGUGCACCUCCCGUAAACACAUUUGGAACACCUCAAAAAUCUAUUUUUAACAACACUCAAGAGUCCGGUUCAAUAUUCAGUGGAACUCCGAAUGCAGGUUCCACGGCUUUCUUUGGUGGUACUGCAAACAAUGCCACAUCAGGAGCGUCAUCUCCUGGGUCUGCACCAGCAUUUGGAACUAGUACUUCUCCAAUAGGUUUAGAACAGCCCGUGACAGGUGCACAACCCGGCUUUGGACAAGCACCUGCAUUUGAACCCAAACCAGUAUUUGGAUCAACACCUAGAUUUGGAUCUUCAAAACCUGCAUUCAGUAGUGGAUUUGGGACAACAGCAUUUGGAACAACCGCAGCUCCGCCAGCUUUUGGAAGUCCACCUGCUAUGGGAGGUAAUGCGUCUUCAAUGGACAAUAAUAUGUCGAAAGUUUUUGGGAGUGUAGGAGGUAAUAAUACGUUUGAAACCUUGGCUAGCCAAACAGGUGGUCUCAGUUUUAGUAGCCUUGCUCAAAAAAGUCCAGAAGCAGAAAAACCUCCAACAUUUAGCGGUGGAAGUUCCUUCUCCAGUUGGCGGUAGUCUACAAACGUCUCAGUUAAACACAAUUACAUCAUUCAUAGGAAUUAUUUUUGUAAAGAGA